GCAAAAUGGAAAGUAUGGGUGCAGCUAUCGCUGAAAGUAACACCAAAAUUAUCGGCUGUGAAAAGGUUCUCCUAGAAGAGACCAAAGAACGAGAUUGUGGGGCAUGCUCAAGUAUUUUCUAUAAACUAUCUCUAAGAGACAUACAAAUCAAGUACUUGGGUUCUGGCUCUGAAGAGGACCCACCGAGUGGCCACCUUUCUUUAAAUUUCAAAGAUGCUAAAUGCGAAACACUAGCAAGGAGUCUAAAAUACCAAAAGUUUUGUGAUAUAAAUGAGAUUGGGCUAUAUGUGACCAAGAGCAAAACUAAACGUGUUGUGGACUUCUUAGAACUCUCAUUUCCAAGUAAAAUUAAUUGUCUGUAUAUUCGCUCCUGGAAUCAAACCGAUCUGAAUAAAUCUAAUUAUUUCAGACUGUUGAUCAGUCUCGGUUCAAGAGUCGCUCAUGAGGCAUCUUUUCGCUCUUUCUACAUUAGUCUUCGUGGACUAAAGAAGCUAAUAGCAGCUUAUAGGCAUAUAAGAGUACUGUGAUUAUCAGCUUGCAAGUUGUCAAUUCCAAAUGUUCCUAAUUUUUCAAAGGCUCUGACAAAUUGCCAGAUCCAAGAAAUAAAGCUAUCAUAUUCAGGAAACUCAUAUUCAAGCGAUUGGAAGAACAACCUCUACCAGUUCAAGAACUUGAUAUGAGGGCUGGCAGGUUCUCCAGAUCUGAGAUCGAGUCUUAAAGAGGUCAAUAUUCAUCGAUGCUGAAUAAGCCAAAAUGAAGCAGAGGAAAUUUUUGUAGAAAACCAACUUGGAGAAGUUAAAAUAAUUGAUGGAAAUUAA